GCCGCAGCUGCAGCUGCAGCCGCGGCCCGGCGAGGCGAUGGCCAAGGUGUCGGUGCUGAACGUGGCGGUGCUGGAGAACCCGAGUCCUUUCCACAGCCCGUUCCGGUUCGAGAUCAGCUUCGAGUGCAGUGAGGCCCUGGCGGACGACCUGGAGUGGAAGAUCAUUUAUGUGGGCUCAGCCGAGAGUGAGGAGUUUGAUCAGAUCCUGGACUCAGUGCUGGUCGGCCCUGUCCCUGCAGGAAGACAUAUGUUUGUCUUUCAGGCUGAUGCACCCAACCCAAGCCUCAUUCCGGAGACAGAUGCUGUAGGCGUGACCGUGGUACUCAUCACCUGCACCUACCGUGGUCAAGAGUUCAUCCGUGUGGGCUACUAUGUCAACAACGAGUACCCCAACCCGGAGCUGCGGGAAAACCCACCCCUAAAGCCUGACUUCUCCCAGCUGCAGCGGAACAUCUUGGCCUCGAACCCCCGUGUGACCCGCUUCCACAUCAACUGGGACAACCAGGAAGACAGGCUGGAGGCCAUUGAGAAUCAGGAUCCUGUGCUGGGCUGUGGCCUCCCGCUUAGCUACACACCAGUCAAGGGCCUGGGCCACCAGGGUGGCAUCCCCAGCCUCCUUCCUGAGAACUCAAUGGACUGCAUCUAACAGGGCCCCCAGGCCUCCCAGAGCUGUGUGGGGGCAUCUCCAGGACUUCAGAGCCACCAACUGCUUAAGACUCAUCAAACAUGGCCCCAGGGAAGGAGUGGGCCUUUCCCUGCCCAGCCCCCAAGAUCAUCUCAGUUCUGCUUAGCAGCAGGCCCUUGGGUUGCUUAUUCUCUUUGACGUGUGUCAUUCUCCUGUAGCAUCAGUUCCUCCUGCCGUGAGUACCAUGGACCCAAGAGUUUUCCUGUACUUUCUCGCCUUGAGGCAUUUUUGCUUGAUGCCUGGCAAAGGCCCUCUCAUUCCUGUCCCUUCCCAAAUAUCUGAGUGGCGCACCCUGGCUUCCUGGUGUCGCAGACAAGGCAUCUGGUUAGGGGGUAGACUCAGAUAGUCUGCCGUCCCAGGAGGAGCAAUAGGUAUUUCCAACCAGCAGCCCCUAGAAAACUCUGCCCAGAAUGCUAAGAGACAGUGACCACUCUGGGGAGAAGCUGGCACAUGGGAGGUACCUGCCAUGCCCAGACCGCUGCUCUCUGAAGCCACAGAGUGGUUUUGGGCACGGGAAGAAUCUGGCAUCCCAAAAACCUUCCUAUGAAACAUGCCCCCACCACCACCACCUCUGCAUCCUGGUUGCCUGUGCUACAUGGAAGCUGUUGUGACUCCUUUGUAUAUUAAAGUGUUUUUAUAUUAAAAGUGUUGGUUGGUCUAAAAAUAAA